AUGUCGGACGCCUCUACGCCUCAAGGGUCGUUCACCGCCGACGUGGAACAAGCAGAGGCAUCUCCCAUCGCUUCCACUGCCACCCCGGACGUAGAUGCAGCCGAAGCAGCUCGACUGAAACGUGAAGCCCGCAAAGCACGUAUCCUCAGCAAAGGUUCCGACCGCCUCGCACGCAUCACCAACACCGGUCGUGGCGAAGGCGCUUCCGCCUAUCUCAAGGACAACACCCCUUCUCUGCCUACUACACCCAAGUCCACUGCUACGACAACGGUUACACCUGCACCAGCCCCACCGCUAAGCGUGGUGGCCGAUGACGACGAUCCGCUUGAAGUCGACAUUUCGACCCUGCCCCGACGCGGUCCACCUCGGGGAGAGGAGGCGACCAACCCUUUUGCAAUGUUCGGAGGAGAUGCGGGCCAGGGUCAGGGACAGCAGAACCCAAUGGAGGCGCUUAUGGCCAUGAUGCAAGGAGGGGGCGGAUUCGGUGGUCCCAACGGGCCCGGCUUCGGACCAGGACCAGGGGAGGGUGGCCAGCCAGACAUGUCUGGACUACCACCGCAACUCGCAGCAAUGAUGCAGCAGUUCGGCGGUGCCGCUGGCGGUGGUCCCGGUGGAGCAGCUAACGUCGCUCCUACAACAACGCAAACCAAGCCUAUCGCAGAACGAGCUUUCGAUUUGCUUCAAGCAUUGCUCGUCCUCGCCCUCGCUGUGCUCGCCGCUAAGUCUUCGCUGUUCGACUUUGACCGAUCCUCCUUCGUUCCUGAAGCCGUCAGCGAGAAACUCGACAGCAUCGUCUCUCCCACGUCCUCUGCCUUGAGCGCCUCGAACACGCUACGUCGAUGGGCCCGACUCGGCUACCAAAAGCCAACCAUCGACGAAUGGUCGUCCAUCAACCCACUCUCCUCCCCGCUUCUACCAGCCCUGCCAGCUCUACCACUGUUCUGGAUCUUUCUCUCGCUCGAAUUCGUGCUUCAAGCAGUACGGAUUGUCAUCUUCUCACGCAAGACUCCCGCCCCGCCUUCGCUACUCUCUACGUUGACGGCGAUGCUGCCCAUUCCGAACCUGCAUCUGGCCAUUCGGCUAGUCGGAAAGUACCUGGCGCUGGUCAAUGCGCUUGUGAAUGAUCUGGCGCUGUUGGUCUUUGUGUUUGGCGUGGCCGUGUUGUGGAGCGGUCACAAGUUGGGUGGGGUGGGCAUGUUGGAGAGUGGGAGUGUGCCCGGGUUUGUUCAUGACGAGUUGUAG